UUUUCCCGGGGAUUUGGAGCAGCCACACGCGGCCCGGGCGCCCCGAGCUGUAGCAGCAGCCACCGCCGUCACCGCGUUAGGAGCCCCAGCGCCGGGGCCGCCACCGCGGCGGGCACCCGGGUUCCGGGCGCGCACAGACCAUGGAGAGGGCGGCCCAGGGCGCAGACGGCGGCGGGGGCAGCAACAGCAGUAGCCGCAGCAGCAGCCGUGCCACCUCGGCGGGCUCCUCGCCCUCCUGCUCCCUGGCGGGCCGGGGGGUCUCCAGCCGGUCGGCGGUAGCCGGGUUCGGCGGCGGGGGCAGCCGCAGCAGCCCGGGCUCGGUGGCCGCUAGCCCGUCUGGGGGAGACGGCCGCAGGAGGGAGCCGGCGCUCGAGGGCGUUCUCAGCAAAUACACCAACCUCCUCCAGGGCUGGCAGAACAGGUACUUUGUGCUGGACUUUGAGGCUGGCAUCCUGCAGUAUUUUGUGAAUGAGCAAAGCAAGCACCAGAAGCCUCGAGGAGUCCUGUCUUUAUCUGGGGCCAUCGUGUCCCUGAGCGACGAAGCCCCCCACAUGCUGGUCGUGUACUCUGCUGCCGGAGAGAUGUAUAAGCUGAGAGCUGCUGAUGCAAAAGAGAAACAGCUUUGGGUGACUCAGCUUCGCGCUUGUGCCAAAUACCACAUGGAAACCAAUUCUAAGAUGAUGAACCAGGUGGAAGGGCAGCAGAAGAACCUCGUGCAUGCCAUCGAGUCUCUGCCGGGUUCUGGCCCCCUCACUGCCUUGGACCAGGACCUGCUGCUCCUGAAAGCUACCUCCGCGGCUACCCUCAGCUGCCUCGGGGAGUGCCUGAACCUGCUGCAGCAGAGUGUGCACCAGGUGGGCCAGCCCGGCCGCAGGCCCGCAGCCUCAGAAAACACCCUGGGAUGGCCCGGGCCCAAGUCACAUUCCACAGAGCAGCUGAAAAAUGGGACAUUUGGCUCUUUGCCACCAGCCAGUGCCAACAUAACCUGGGCAAUUUUACCAAACUCCGCUGAAGACGACCAGCCCUUCCAGCCAGAGCCAGAGACAAACUCGGGCCCUGAGUUGGUUUUGUCCGAAGAUGAAAAAAGCGACACCGAAGAUAAGGAAGAGGCAGAAUUGGGUGUCAUGGAGGAUCAGCGCAGUGUAAUUCUUCAUCUCAUUUCACAGCUCAAACUUGGCAUGGAUCUGACCAAGGUGGUGCUUCCCACGUUCAUUCUGGAGAAGCGAUCCCUGCUGGAGAUGUACGCAGACUUCAUGGCGCACCCAGACCUGCUGCUGGCCGUGGCGGCGGGCGCCACGCCGGAGGAGAGGGUCGUCUGCUUCGUGGAGUAUUAUCUCACUGCCUUCCACGAGGGCCGCAAGGGGGCCUUGGCCAAGAAGCCUUACAACCCCAUCAUCGGCGAGACGUUCCACUGCUCCUGGGAGGUUCCCAAGGACAGGGUCAAGUCGAAGAGGACUGCUUCCCACUCUCCUCCCAGCCACGAACGCCUGAUGGCUGAUGACCCUCCCGAAAGCUACAAGCUGAGGUUUGUGGCUGAGCAGGUGUCCCACCACCCACCCAUCUCCUGCUUCUACUGUGAGUGCAAGGAGAAGAGACUGUGCAUCACCACUCACGUUUGGACCAAAAGCAAGUUCAUGGGCAUGUCCGUGGGGGUCUCUAUGAUAGGAGAAGGUGUGUUGAGGCUCCUGGAACAUGGGGAGGAGUACGUGUUCACCCUGCCUAGUGCCUAUGCACGCUCCAUCCUCACCAUCCCCUGGGUGGAGCUUGGAGGAAAAGUCAGCAUCAACUGUGCCAAGACCGGGUACUCCGCAACCGUGAUAUUCCACACGAAGCCUUUCUAUGGAGGGAAAGUGCACAGGGUCACGGCAGAAGUGAAGCACAACCCAACCAACACCAUUGUCUGUAAGGCCCACGGGGAAUGGAACGGCACCUUGGAGUUCACCUACAGCAACGGGGAAACCAAAGUCAUCGACACGACCACGUUGCCCGUGUGCCCCAAGAGGAUCAGGCCUCUGGAGAAGCAGGGGCCCAUGGAGUCCAGGAACCUCUGGCGGGAGGUGACCCGAUACCUGCGGCUGGGCGACAUCGAUGCGGCCACGGAGCAGAAGCGGCACCUGGAGGAGAAGCAGCGGAUGGAGGAACGGAAGCGGGAGAACCUCCGCACACCGUGGCAGCCCAAGUAUUUUAUCCAGGAGGGUGACGGCUGGGUCUACUUCAAUCCCCUUUGGAAGGCACACUGAUGGGGUAGAGGUGCAGAGCCUUCAGAAAGAGCCCUGUUUUUGUAGGAAUUAAAGUGGUACAGUAUCAAGGUUCUGUUGGUAUUCACUGAGACCUCUUGAUAUCGUUCAAGAAAUGGUACCUGAGAAAUUAUAUACUGUGAAAAAUGUACUCCAGACUCUGCUAUAGGAUUAAAUUUAUUCAAGAGCCAUUUGGGGCAUGUGUGUGUACAGUGGUGUGUGAGCUCUUGGCACAAUACAUGUUCACACACAUGCAUUAUAUACACAUCUGCUGGGUAUUACACGUGUAAAUUCUGCACUUACCAAGAUUUAAGUGGGUAAUUAUGGGCUCCUUUUUAUCAAUGAGGUUUGACAUUUUCUAUUUCUCACUUUGCCAAAAAUAUUUUGCACUCUCAAAAAUAUUCUCCUGUAGUC